CGUACCAAAACAAAGGCUCACGUCGUCAGUGUUCAGAGUCAGGCGUGAAAGUGUCGACAGCGGUCCUAACGAAAUGGCAGAAAAGGCGAACGAAGCUCUGUUGUAUGCUGCUAUCAACGGCUCGGUUGAAGGCGCUGAAGCAGCAUUGAAAGCUGGGGCAGAUAUUGACUUCAAACACGCGGAAAAAGGUAACCCAGGAACAGCAUUGUACGUCGCUUCCAACGCUGGGCAUGUAGACGUAGUGAGACUGCUGCUCCGCAAGGGGGCGUCUGUGGUGGAAAGAACGGGUUCAAUGACACCUCUUCAUGUUGCGGCGCACAUAGGAUCGACAGAAGUGGUGGACUUGUUGGUGCAGCACGGUGCAACAGUAGAUGUACGGGACGGCUGGCAGUUUACGCCACUCCAGUAUGCAUGCAACUACAAAAAUGUCCCCACAGUCCGGCGACUGAUUGAGCUCGGAGCAAGGCCUGAUUUUGUCGACGAUUAUGCAGUAGCCCAUAUCUUGAGAAAAUAUGGCGGAAACAUUGACAAUGACGAGGGUUUUAAGCUGAUACAAGAGGCGAGGAAGACCAAGCUGUUGAGAUGCUGCAACCCUAAGUGUGGCAAACCUGGCUACAGGUCAACCGGAACCCUGAAGCUGUGUGGCCGGUGCAAGCUGACCCGCUACUGCAGCCGUGACUGUCAGAAACAACACUGGUCUGUCGGACACAAGAAGUGCUGUGGGCAUGACGCGUUCACUGGCAAGCGAGCCGAGUUCUUCCAGCAUUGGGCUGACUCACUGACAGAUCACGUUCAAGAACAUGGACUCUUUUCAAGUGCACAACAUUUAGAACGUUCAUUAACGACAUAUGUUAACUUAUAAUUCUCUAUGAAGUUGAUUGCACGGUGACACCACUGCCAGA